CUAAAAUGGCUCUGUGAUUCUCUAUACUUCUUUCUUGGAAAAUUCUAGCAUAGAGUCCCUAUCAAUCACCGAUUAUUAAAUGACGCCAAUGUGGUGAUUCGUGUUUAACCGAGAAGCACCCAGAAACAUAACCAAGAUGCCCAAACGGUGACACCAAUGCAAUUGAUGUUGAUUCUGCUGUUGCUCUAAUGCAGACAGACAAGCUUUUAUUUUCUCGAGCGAAGUUUUGAUUUUUAGACCAAAAGCUUUGAACCUCAGCUGAAAAGUUUUGAUCUUUAGCGAAAUACAGAGGAACCCAGAAGAGUAUAGUGAGACUGUGAGAGCCCAGAAAUGGUGGAGAUGAACAAGGAAGAAGAGAAGGAGGGAGUGACGAUAAUCAAAGGAAAAGAGGCUAUUGGAUUGAGAAUCGUCAACAUGUUUGUGGCGAUGGCUUUGUGGCUUGGAGCUAUUCAUUUCAACGUGGCUUUGAUUGUCCUCACCGUUUGCUUCCUUCCUAUUUCCAAGGCCAUAUUGGUAUUUGGGUUGCUUGUGCUGUUUAUGAUAGUCCCAGUUGAUGAUAAGAGCAAAAUAGGAAGAAGAGUGGCCAGGUACAUAUGUAAGUAUGCAUGUGGUUAUUUCCCAGUGACUUUGUAUGUAGAGGAAAAACAUGUGUUUGAUCCCAAUUGCGCUUAUGUCUUUGGUUACGAACCACAUUCAGUUUUGCCAAUUGGUGUUGUUGCACUUGCUGACAUGACUGGGUUCUUGGGUCUCCCUAAGAUGAAGGUCCUUGCAAGUACUGCUGUGUUCUACACACCAUUCCUAAGACAUAUAUGGACAUGGUUGGGUCUUACACCAGCCACAAAGAGCAAUUUUGUCUCCAACUUGGCUGCUGGUUAUAGUUGCGUCAUUGUACCUGGUGGAGUGCAGGAGACAUUUCUUAUGGAGCACGGUAAAGAGAAAGUAUUUCUUAAGUCGAGAAGAGGAUUUGUUCGUAUAGCCCUGGAGAAUGGCUAUCCCCUGGUUCCAGUUUUCUGCUUUGGUCAGUCAAAUGUUUAUAAGUGGUGGAAGCCAAGUGGGGAGUUAUUCCUGAAGUUUGCUAGAGCUAUCAAGUUCACCCCUAUUGUCUUCUGGGGAAUGUUUGGGUCCCCUUUACCUUUCAGACAUCCAAUGCAUGUGGUAGUUGGUAAACCAAUAGAACUCAAGAAAAAUCCAGAACCCACCAUGGAAGAGGUCAUGGAAGUACAUGGUCAGUAUGUUGAAGCACUGAAGGAGCUUUUUGAAAAGCACAAGGCACGGGCUGGUUUUCCUGACCUUGAAUUGGAAAUACUUUGAUCAGACGAAAUUAUAUGUUCUUCCAUGUUCUCUCUUUGUAUCUCUCUUGUUCUGUUCAUUUGUGGACAAUUAGUGAUAACAAUUUGUAUGUAGUUAAAUAGUGGAAAUGGCAGUUGAAGAAUUGGUCUUGAUGUUUAGUUAGUGGUGAAGCUGUUCUAUACAUAACAGGAUGGGCUUUGCUCAUGAAAACUCAAAACUCAGAUAUGCUCAUCUGAAAGCUAUAGAAGUGGGAUGGUUUGUAAUCUGUGUAAAUUAAACAUCCAUUCGAAACAAAAACGAUAAUUUAUAUAGUGGAAUAUGCACCUUAUAUUACAUUUUCCUCUUGGUGCUUAAACUCAUCAAAGAA